AUGGCCCCACGAGAGUCAUCGCGGCCGUCGCGCGGACAGCGACCGCGAGACCGACAACGAAAUGGCCAAUCAGCGAAGAGGAGUGGGAACAAGAAGAAGAAGUCGCAGGGGAGUCGCCGGCCGCCAUCAGGGUUGGAUGAGAGCCGGGGAGAGGGCCGAGGGGAGAGUCGGGGGGAGAGUCGAGGGGAGGGGAGUUCAAAGUCCUUGUCUGCUGCGGCGCUGGCAGAUUUGAACAAGGAACAUAUUCGACAGAAGAGGCGGGCGGAACGCGCUCAACGGGCGAACCGAGACGAAUACCGAGACCGAGAGCGAAACCUUGAAAGGCCACGGAAAGAUCGCAAAGACAAGAAACGAAGGGUUGUCAGUGGUGCUAUUAUGGAGGAAGGGAUGGCGUCAGGAUUAAGAGGAGGGAACAACCGAUGGAGCGACGACAGCCUCGACAAAGAUUUCUACAACAAGGAACGCCCGAAGAAGAGCAAAAAGAAACUAUGGAUCAUCCUUGGAUGCAGUGCUGUCGCCCUGCUCAUCAUCAUUAUUGUAGCAGUAGUCGUCAGCAAGAAGAACAAGAGCAAAGACAGCAGCUCUUCUGACAGCAGCUCGGAUUCAACGUCGACAUCGUCAGACUUGGACGGAAUGAGUCACUCCGACAUACCCGACAAAUGGCAAAACACGUACCUCGACCCGUGGACAUGGGCAUCGACUACCGACUUCAACCUCACCUUCACAGACGAGAUGGUGGGAGAUUUGCCCGUCAUGGGUCUAAAUACAAAAUGGGACGACUCAGCACAAGCAAACGACAAUGUGCCCGCACUCAACAAAGCUUGGGGCUCCUAUGCUGACACACCAGCCCGUGGAGUGUGCCUGGGAGGAUGGCUUUCGCUAGAGCCCUUCAUCACACCGUCGCUAUUCAACUACGAUACAAACCUCGGCAUCAUUGACGAGUGGACACUGUCGGAGCAGCUGGGCUCUGAUACCUCUAGUACUCUGGAGGACCACUAUGCAUCGUUUGUUACGGAGGAUACAUUCAAGGAUAUAGCGGCGGCAGGACUGGACCAUGUACGAAUCGCCUAUUCGUAUUGGGCUGUUCAGACCUACGAAGGCGACCCCUACCUGUUCCGAACGUCUUGGCGGUACUUACUGCGAGCCAUCGAGUGGGCACGAAAGUAUGGCAUCAGAGUGAACCUCGAUCUCCACGGUAUUCCCGGUAGUCAGAACGGCUGGAAUCAUAGCGGAAGAUGGGGGACCAUUGGCUGGCUGAACGGGACGGAUGGAGCGACAAACGCGCAGCGCGCCCUGGAUAUUCACAAUCGGCUGUCCAAGUUCUUUGCUCAGGACCGAUACAAGAACAUUAUCACGCACUACGGCCUCGCCAACGAACCCCGAAUGACCUACCUCUCGACAACGGAAGUCAUCAGCUGGACAGAGUCGGCUUACAAGCUAGUACGGAAGAACGGACUCAAUGCGCUCGUCAUUUUUGGUGACGGCUUCAGGGGCCUCGACAACUGGCAGGGCCAGAUGACAGGAUACGACGACAUGGUGCUCGACGUACACCAGUAUGUCAUCUUUAACGAAAACCAGAUCGACUACACCCAUCAGGAGAAGGUCAACUACGCGUGUGACGGGUGGACACAGCAGGCAGAGUCCAGUAUGGACACCAGCACGGGCUAUGGACCGACCAUCUUUGCCGAGUGGUCACAGGCAGACACAGACUGCGCCAAGUUUCUGACGGGCGUGGGCUGGGGCAACCGGUGGGAGGGCACGUACGACACGGGCAACUCAAGCACGUCGAUCCUCACGCCGAGGUGUCCGACCAAGAGUUCCAAGUGCUCGUGCGACAGCGCCAACGCGGACCCGAGCAACUGGAGUGCUGAGUACAAGAAAUUCCUGCUGAUGUUCGCCGAGGCGCAGAUGCACAGCUUUGAGAAGGGCUGGGGCUGGUGGUACUGGACGUGGAAGACAGAGUCGGCGUACCAGUGGAGCUACGAGGCUGGACUCAAGGCCGGCGUGCUACCGGAGAAGGCUUACACGCGGGACUUUAGCUGCGACUCAGACGUGCCAGACUUUGCAGACGACGGGCUUCCAGAAUACUUUUGA